GUCCGCAACUAUCUCCCUCUCUCUUUAGAAUUUCAUGUAUACCUUUUUAAACUUGUAUAAAUAGCAGCAAAUAUGCAGCAACAACUCCCUUGAACAACACUCUCUCCAUUCUGUCUCACUUUCUCUCACUAAAAAUAGUAAAAAUCACACGUCAUCAUAUUCAUAUACAUAUACAUAUACAUAUACAUAUACAUCCACUCUGAGUUGUGUGUGUAAUUUAGUAGUAGUAGCAUGGCAGAGAUAGAGUACCAAAACAAAGCAUGCAACAAUGGCCCCUUAAAAAUAUUCGGCUUCAACAUGAUGGUAGAAGAUCAAGAAGAGAACACCGCCAAAUCGCCGUCCACUUCGCCUGAUUCGGGCGGUUUCCCGGUCUCCGACGGGCGGAAGUACGAGUGCCAAUAUUGCUGCCGCGAAUUCGCCAACUCGCAGGCGCUCGGCGGCCACCAGAACGCCCACAAGAAGGAGCGCCAGCAGCUCAAGCGCGCGCAGCUGCAAGCCAGCCGAAACGCCGCCGCCUCCUACAUGCGCAACCCCAUGGUCUCCGCCUUCGCGCCGCCGCCGCACCUGCUCGCCCCCGCCGGCGUCGCGCCGUCGUGGGUCUACGUGCCGCGCCCGACCGCGGUGGUGGCGCAGCCGUUCCAGGUGUCGCACGGCUGCGUCUUCCCCUCGGCUUCGGCUUCGGCUUCGGCUUCGAGGGGAGGGGCGGUGGAGCCGAGCCAGCAGCCCGUGAGGGCCCACGGAGGGAGGCUUGAUGGGCCGUCUCUGAGUAGAUUCUCGAGGGUUGAAGAUGGGCCGGGCUUUCAUGAUGGGUUUGGGGUGGAUUUGCAGCUCAGCUUGGCUCCGGCCGGCUCCUGAGAUUGGACUCGGUUUAGAUCUGACUAGUCACCUAGAUUCGAAGAAGCCUUAUGCUUUGGUAAUUAUAUUUAAUUUAAUGGACUAUCUAUGUAGUUUUAAUUUUUGUAUAUUUUUUCCAGAUUUUUUUAGUGGAAAAAUUUCUCACUA